AUGAAAGUGAAAUAUCAUUUUAGACUGAGAUCUGCGCAUAAUGGUAGUAGUUGGAAGGUGAUAGUUAGGUGUGAGUUUCACAAUCAUAAACUAUCUCGGGAUUUAGAAGGCCAUGUCAUAUUGGGUUGUCUAAAAGUUCAUGAAAGACAGUUUGUGAAUAACAUGAUGAAAUACAACAUGACUCCACGGUACAUAGUUUCUACUUUGAAAGACAAAGAUGUAGAAAACCUCGCCAGUGUUAUCCAGAUGUAUAAAGCUAGAGAUACAUACAAUGCGAGCAAGAAAGGCCUACUGACGAAGAUGCAAAUGUUGUUGAGUCUUAUUCAUAAGGAAAAAUACAUGUGCUGGACUAGAAAUAGAAAAGACUUAAAUGUUAUUGCUGAUAUCUUUCGGACACAUCCUGCUUUAGUGAAGUUGUUGAAUAUGUUUCAUUUGGUACCGGCUACCGCUGCUUGA